GUCAACAUUCCUCUGUGAAUGUCGUCACUAGAAAAAAGAAGCAUCGUUGAUUCAUUUGCAGCAAAAAAAUGCAAAAAAUUGUUUAAUACGCGCAAAAGAUAAAAAUAUUAACAAAUAAGUGCAAACAAAUUAUAAAUUUAUACAAAAAAAGACACCCGCUAACGAGGCUGAGCCCGACGAAAGUACCCCCCUGAUGGAAGGCCACGUCGGAGCCCCUCAGAUCAGUUGCAACAACUCGAUAACUGGUGGAGCUGAACGCAAACGUCAGCAAAAGCGUAAGGUAGAACAGCUAAAUAGCUAUGGCGGCACAGAGCAGCGAGAUGCAACAGAUGGGGCAAUUUUAGAUGUACCCAAUGUUGAAAUACGCAGCAGACGUGUGCGGAAUGUAGAUGGUGAAAAUCCCUCUGAUCCAGAUGCACCCUCUGGAUCUCAGCCUACUAAUACGGAAGCAGAAGAUGAGGAGCAGGGUUUGAAAUAUGGAGCUCAACAUGUUAUUAAGAUUUUUGCUCCCGUCUCCUUGUGCAUGUUGGUGGUGGUGGCCACCAUUAAUUCGAUUACGUUUUAUACCUAUACUGAUACGUAUUUAUUAUAUACACCAUUCCAUGAAUUGUCUGAAGAUAAGGGUACAAAACUUUGGAAUGCCUUGGCCAAUUCAUUGAUUCUUCUCUCCGUCGUAGUGGUAAUGACCAUUUUUCUAAUUGUUCUAUAUAAGAAACGCUGUUAUAAAAUCAUACAUGGCUGGUUAAUUCUAUCAUCGUUUAUGUUAUUAUUCAUAUUUAGUUAUUUGUAUUUGGAAGAGCUUUUAAGAGCCUAUAAUGUUGCUAUGGAUUAUCCCACCACUCUGUUGAUUUUGUGGAAUUUUGGUGUUAUGGGCAUGAUAGCCAUACAUUGGCAAAGUCCUUUGAAACUGCAGCAGGCUUAUCUUAUAUUUGUAUCGGCUCUAAUGGCCUUGGUAUUCAUAAAAUAUUUACCAGAAUGGACUGCCUGGGCUGUAUUGGCGGCAAUUUCUAUUUGGGAUUUAAUUGCGGUUUUAACACCCAAAGGACCAUUGCGCAUUUUAGUGGAAACCGCUCAGGAAAGAAAUGAACAAAUAUUCCCGGCUUUAAUUUAUUCUUCCACUGUUUUGUAUAUGUUUAUGGGAACCCAUGCUCCGGCCCAACGCAACAAUUCUUCAGAUUCAAAUUCACCCAACUCUCCGCAUACCUCUACUUCAUCGACUUCAGUUUCCCGUACAGGUACAAGUGCACCUCCUAGUGCUGAAGGUAUGCCUCUAGUGACAUUUAAAACGCGCGGAAAUGAAGCAGCUGGCUUUACUGAAGAAUGGACUUCAAAUUUAGAUGAUCGUAUGGCUCGACGUCAAAUAGAGGUACAGGCUAGUACCUCAGAUAAUGCCAACCGUUCAACUAAUUACCGUACGGUCACGACUCAGGAAAAUAGACCCACUCAGAUGGGCAGUAAUAUGACGGAAGCUCAAGAAGAACGUGGCAUUAAACUCGGUCUUGGCGACUUUAUAUUCUACUCUGUGUUAGUGGGCAAAGCUUCGUCUUAUGGAGAUUGGGCCACAACAAUUGCCUGCUUUGUUGCUAUCUUAGUAGGUCUAUGCCUUACACUAGUUUUACUAGCCAUAUGGCGUAAAGCUUUACCAGCGUUGCCCAUAUCUAUAUUCUUUGGACUAUUCUUCUGUUUAGCCACAAGUGCUAUAGUCAAACCGUUCAUGGAAGAACUUUCAGACCAGCAAGUUUUUAUAUGAAAGAAGAUGGAAAACUUAAGAAAUUUAAAACAAAUGUAAGCAUAUAAUGACAUUAUUUCUUUAAAGAAUAAUUUUUCUAAUUUAAGUAUUAAGAUUAACAAUCUAAACCUGAAACAUAAUUAAUUUAUGUAUAACCCACUAUUGAUUUAUAUUUACGUUUUUUUUUUAACAUUUAUUUUGUGAAUUUUAAAAACAAUUAUUUAAUAUAAAGUCUCACUUAAACAAUGA